AUGGCCACCCCGCGAACCCCCCUCUCCGCCGUCCUCCCGCCUCUGAUCCUCGGCACCGCGACCUUCAACUACCAAUACGUCUCCGACCCCUCCCGCAUGCCCUCCGUCGACAUCGUCUCCCGCGCCCUCUCCCUCGGCAUCACCGCCUUCGACACAUCCCCCUACUACGGCCCCUCCGAGUCCAUCCUCGGCGCCGCCCUGCGCGCCCUCGCCCCGCCCCGGGACUCCUACUUCCUCGUCACAAAGGCCGGCCGCCUCGGGCCCGCCGAGUUCGACUACUCCCCCGCCCACAUCCGCGCCUCCGUCCACCGCAGCCUCGAGCGCUUGGCCACCGACCGUCUCGACCUCGUCUACACCCACGACGCCGAGUUCGUCUCCCCCGACGACGUCGUCGCCGCCGUCCGCGAGCUGCGCCGCCUGCGCGACGAGGACGGCCUCCUCCGCUACGUCGGCAUCUGCGGCUACCCCGUCCCCGUCCUCUGCGAGCUGGCCGAGAAGAUCCUGCGCGAGACCGGCGAGCCCGUCGACGCCGUCCAGUCCUUCUCGCACUUUUGCGUGCAGAACGACACCCUCGGCUCCGACGCCGUGCUCGCGCGGCUGCGGGACGCCGGGGUGGGCGUGGUCACGAACGCGAGCAUGUUGAGUAUGGGUCUCCUGACCACGCGCGGCGUCGACGACGGGCCGAUGGCGAGCUGGCAUCCCGCCCCGAGCCCGCUGCGCAAGCUCUGCAAGAGCCUCGUGGCCUUCGCCGAGGGCGCGGGGGAGAAGAUGGAGGAUGUCGCUCUGUACUGGGCCAUGGCGAAUUGGGCUCGUGUCGGCGGCGCGUUCGGCACCGAGCUGCUGCCACCCACCUUCACCGGCCCAGCCAAGGUCGGUGUCAGUGUCAUGGGAGUGACGUCCGUCGCCGAGCUGGAGGAGACGUGGUCCGCCUUCCAGGGCGUCCUCCGCGAGCUGUCUGGCACGCAGACCGAGAGUGACAAGACAGAGUACAGAGGCACCAUGGUAAGUCGCCACGAAAAGAUCCAACGCUUAGUCGAGGACCAAAUGCGACCUGCCCUGGGCGAGUGGCGUAACUACAGCUGGGCAAGCCCUGGCGAAGACUUUGUGCCUCAAACAACACAGUCCUCCGUCGAAGCUGCUCUUCCGGCUGCCGAGCCGCAUUUGUAG